AUUUUCUUUAAGAUCUGAUGUAGUCUCUGCUUGCAUCUGCUCUCUCCUCUCUUGCUUGCUUCCCAAUUUCAAGCUCUCUCUCUCUCCCUCUUUCUUAAUUUGCUUAAUUGGAUCGUCUCCUCAAUUGCAACUUAAUAAAUCUCAUUCACCUCUGAAUAUAUCCAUUCCCUUUCUUCGAUAUAUUAUCAAGCACUCGCUUCUUUCUCUUGAUCUUUGAUAUAUUAUCAAGCACUCAGAUGGGUGCAUCAUUUCUCUCUUGCGUGUGUGGUUCAGAUCGUUAACCUUUUCUUCUCCUUCGUCUUCUGCUGCUGAUUCUGCAGCUGGUGAUGCAGACGAUGCUGAAAUCCCCCCUCUUCGGGAAAAGUAUGAUGUGUUCAUCAGUUUCAGAGGUGAGGACACCCGCCGUGGCAUCACCAGCCAUCUUCACCAGGCCUUAGAACAGAGGAAAAUUGAAACCUACAUAGAUGACAGACUUCAGAGAGGAGAAGAAAUUGGACCUGCCCUUGUAGAAGCAAUCGAGAAAUCUAGGCUUUCGGUGAUCAUUUUCUCGAAAAACUACCCUUCUUCCACGUGGUGUUUGAAGGAACUUGUGCAUAUACUCAAAUGCAAGGAAAGAUGUGGCCAGAUGGUUAUACCCGUAUUCUACGACGUCAGUCCAUCGGAUAUACGAAACCAACAGGGGAGCUAUGCGGUUGCAUUUGCUGGACUUGAAAAACGUUUCAAGGACAGUAUCGAUAAAGUUCAAGAGUGGAGGAAUGCUUUGACGACUGCAGCCAAUCUAUCUGGCUUUGAUUACUCAAACAAUACCUGGACGGAGGCAGUUCUAGUUAAGAAUGUUGUUGAUGAUAUUUGGAACAAAUUGAUUUGCGAAUCAUCAUGUGAUUUAAAUGGCCUGAUUGGAAUUGAAAGACACAUCGAGCAAAUUGAAUCUUUAUUAUGCAUUCAUUCACCAGAAGCACCCAUCGCUGUAGGAAUUUGGGGGAUGGGUGGUAUUGGCAAGACCACCAUUGCUGAAACUGUAUUUCACAAACUCUCUUCUAAAUUCGAAGCUAGUUGUUUUCUUAGAAAUGUUAGGGAGAACUCAGAACAAGCAAAUGGAAUGGAUCGCUUGGAAAAAACACUUCUUAAAGAGAUAUCAAAGAAAGAAGGUCUAUCCAUAGGAUCAACUUUUGUUCGAGAAAGGCUCAGACGAACAAAGGUCCUCAUUGUUCUUGAUGAUGUGAGUGAUUCAAUGCAAAUGGACCGUUUAGCUGGUAAGCGUCUUCCGUAUCGCACUGGAAGUAGAAUCAUUAUCACAAGUAGAGAUAGGGGGACGCUUAGGCCAACUGUUGAAGAGGAUAAGAUCUACAAGGUUGAGGGAUUAAAACCGGAUGACGCUCUUCAGCUCUUCUAUUCGCGUGCUUUCAAGAAUAACAUUACUCCUAGAACAGAUUAUAAGGAGUUGGCAAAAAAGGCAGUGGAUUAUGCUGGGGGCAUUCCUUUAGCUCUCGUACUUCUGGGGUCCUCAUUCCUAAAUUGCAAGAGCAAAGAAGAAUGGGAACAUGAAUUUAACAAAUUGAAAGAACUUCCCGAUGAAAAUAUCCAGAAAGUGUUGAGAUUGAGUUACGAUAGAUUGGGAAGAAAUGAGAAGGAGAUAUUUCUGGAUAUAGCAUGUUUUCAUAAAGGGAAGAAUGUGGAUGAGGUAAAACGAAUGUUAGAUAUUCGUGGAUUCCAUGCGGCACGCGGAAUUAGAGUUCUCGUUGAUAUGUCUCUCAUAUCAAUUGAUUCAACUUGGAAAAAUUCACCUUGGAAAAUCGUACAGAUGCACGAUUUGGUACAAGAAAUGGGAAGAACAAUUGUUCUUGAACAAUGUUUUGAAGAUCCUGGUAAACGGAGUAGGUUGUUCAAGAAUAAGGAUGUCAAUCGUGUACUGCAAAAUAACACGGGAACUCCAAUUGUUCAAGCCAUGUGGGUUGACCGGUCUAAGAUUGAAAAGCAGAGACUGAAACGCGCAGACUUCAAAGUGAUGUCUAACCUAAUGAUGCUAACUGUAGUGAAUUAUGGCACUUAUCUCGCCGCUUCUCUAGAUCUUCCCAGUUCUCUUCGUUAUCUUGAAUGGCAUGGAUAUCCUUUGAAUUCUUUGCCCUCAAAAUUUUGUCCUGAAAAUCUAGUUGAGCUUCAUAUGCCCAGAAGCCGAGUUAAAAAGCUAUGGAAUGAAGACCAGAGACUUGUGAACUUGAAAGUGAUCGAUCUGACGUACUCAUCUAAUCUCACGGAAGUUCCAAAUCUGUCUGGGAGUCCAGAAAUUGAGCACAUAAAUCUUCAUACCUGUGAGAAUUUGGUUAAAAUUCCUGGGUGUUUUCAACAUCUUGACAAGCUUACUUAUCUUAAUCUUGGAGAUUGCACAAGUCUCAAGUAUAUUCCAGAGAUGCCAAAGAAUGUUGAAUUCUUAGAUUUACAUGGAAGUGGUCUACAGGAGUUGCCUAAUUCAGUUUGGUCUCUCGAAAAAAUUUCUUACCUGGAUAUAAAAUUUUGUAUGUGUGAGGUACGAUCUAUUGAGGGUUUUGAGCUUCCCAGGGGUAUAAGUAAAUUACCAUUGGUUGAUCGCAAGAACCUUGUGAGUCUCCCAACCGACAUUCGUAAGUUGAAGUCUCUCAAGAAACUCAAGCUCUCUUGGUGCUCUGAACUUGAGAACUUCCAGGAAAUAUUCGAGCCCAAGAAACCUUCGGAGAGCAUGAAACCUUCGGAGCCCAAGAAACCUUCGGGACAUCUUAAUUUAAGGUGCACAGCCAUUCGAGAGCUACUCUCAUCAAUCGAGUUUCUUCCUGCUCUCAAAAGCAUUCGACUAAGCGACUGCAGUAGGCUUUCAAGGAUCUCAGAGAGCAUCCCUAAGUUGAAGUAUCGUGACACACUUGAUCUCAAAGGUGGCUCUGCAUUUUACAAAUUCCUUCAAAUCUCGAAGCGAAUCGAACAUCUGAACUUUCUUAGUUUGGAAGGGACAGCGGUCAAAAAGCUUCAUUCGUCUAUUGAAAAUCUAAUUGGGCUUGAAACAUUAGAUCUUGGUAAGUGCUGGAGACUAAGUGUUGUCCCAGGAAGUAUCUACAGUUUAACCAACCUUAAAACUCUCAGCUUUCGUGACUGUUCGGCACUCAAAGAGUGGCCGUCCGGCUCUGUUCGUUUGCAAUCUUUGGAAGUUCUAGACCUCCAUCGCACCAGCAUAUCAGAAAUCCCUGAUGGUCUCGUUGGGUCAACCUCAUUGCAAAAGUUGGAUCUGAGUGGAAGCAUGAUUAGGAGCAUACCUGCAAGCAUCAAACAAGCUUCUCGGUUGCAUACACUCAGCUUAGGUUGGUGCGAGCAGCUUCAAUCAUUACCAGAGCUCCCAGUGCAAUGUGAUCUUGAAGCUCAAGGCUGCAGGUCGCUGAAGACAGUGCCAAGUUCAAGGACAGCACUCACACAAGGUUGGGAUAAAUACACAUAUUUUGGGAAACGUAAUUUUUUUAAUUGCGGAAAUUUGGAUGAUAAUGCAAGGAGCAACAUAAUGGAUGAAGCACAGCUUAGAAUUAUGCGAGAGGCAACUAAUUCAUCAAAGAAAGAUUAUGGCAUUGUAUGUCCGGGAAAAGAAAUUCCAAAGUGGUUCAGCUUCAGAUAUCAAAGUGAGGGAUCUUCAGUCCAUAUCAAGCUUCCUCCAGAUUGUUUUCGAACAGGUUUAUUGGGUUUCGUUCUCUCUGCUGUUGUUUCUUGUGUUUCCAACGGCAAUAAUGACUUUGAAAUAACAGCUAGGUGCAAUGUCAAAUCCCCGGGUGAAAGCCAUGGACUGUUCACUUCUGGAUUCAUUGUCGAACGAUUCCGUUGGAUACCUCCCUGGGUGCAAGCCAACCAACAUGAUCACGUGUGCGUGUGGGGUAGGCCCUUUAUAAUUGAAGAGGGAGCAGAAGAAUGCUCCCCCGAUGUUUACAAACUUGCAAAUGAGGCCUCUGUUCAAUUCUCUGUGUCUGGACGUGAUUUCUGGAGUCCUGAUCCCAGUCUGAAGGUGGAAAAUUGUGGUAUAUGGCCGUUGUAUGCGGAAGAUGUUGAGAAGGUCAAACCUGAUCGCUUCUUCACAUCGGGGGAACCAAAAAUACAAGAAGAAACAAGAGAAGACGAAACUUGGGAAGCCAGUGGAUCAAGUUAUAAGAAUAAAGCAAAUGAAAGUGAUGAUGAGUCAGAAGCCAGUAAAUCAAGUGAUGAGCCACAACUAUAUGAUAGUGGUAAUGAUUCAGAAGCCAGUGAAUAAAGUUAUGAUCAGUUUGAGUUAUAUGAAAGUGAUGAUGAGUAAGAAGCCAAUGGAUCCUUUUGGCUGAAUGGGUCUUUUUGCCUGAAUGCCAUAUCAUUUUGAAUUUGUCUAUUCCUAUUCCUUUCGGAUAUGUAGGCUUUGUUGCCUAAGCCCAGUACUUUUUAUAAAAUAUCUCCGGUGUGAAAUGUGUUUGGUAAAUAUAAGUGUUUUUCAAAGUUCCAGCCA